GAGUCUUGCCAAAGGGAAAGCUUCAAAAGCAAUGGGGAGUUGUCCAGCUGGACUGUUGCUGCCUGGGAACUGGCUGGGCAUUGGUUGGUGGGUGGUGAGUAAUUGCUUGUGCAUCACUUGUUUUGUAUAUACUUAUAAAUAAAAAUAAUUUUCAAUCCUGCUCUCCUUUUUCCCACUUCCUUUUCUGUCUUAGUAAAUAGUUUUUUCUCAACCCACUAGUUUUUUGUUUUUUUUUUUUUAAUUCUACUCCCCAUCCCACUGGGAGGGGAAGGAGUGAAUGAACGAUGGUAUGGUGCUGAACUGUCAGCUGGGUUAGACCACACAACCUGUUUCUACUGGCAAAAAACUGUUCUGGAGAACAAAAGAGUUGUGGAAAAUACAAGUUAUGAUUGUAAGAAGGAAGUAGAAGUUAGUAGUUGUUUGACAUCAAAUACAAGUUUUACAAUUGCAUUUCCAGAGUUGACCUCACAAACCUUUUUCACAACUAAAGGCUGCACAUGACUAGAGACGGUGUCAUUUCAUACUAGCAGGCCAUCUUUAAUUUCUUAACAUAACUGCUCAUUUUAUGCUUGCCUCACAGAACCAUGUGUGGGUAGAUGUCACGCUGCACAACACCACGUUGCCACCCUUAGCCAUCAAAAACCCAGAGUGCCUGGGGCUCCUCCACCAGCUGGACAGAAGCAAAGAUGCCUGGAUUCAGCACUACUGCAUUCUGAAGGAUGGCUGCUUGUACUUCUAUGCCACUCUCCGCUCCACACCUGCCCAAGGUGGCCUCUACCUCCAGGGAUAUAUUGUGAGUGAACAGUCUCUGGGAUCCAAGAGAUCAGUAAUCGAACUCAAACCUCCAUCUGAAGAAUUUAAAACUUUCUACUUAUGUGCCGAAAAUGUAAAUGAAAACAAAAGAUGGAUUACAGCUCUGAAGGCUUCAAUUAAUAAAUGGUUACCUCUACACCAGGCAAUCCAAGAUUUCAUGAACAGGCCACUGGAGGAGACAAGGAUGUGAGAAGAAAGAAUUUUUUUUCAUGCUGUGUCUUUUGAUUCACCUAGAAAGAUGCUCUAGCAGUUGGUAAAUUAUAGUAUUACUAUUCAUUCAUUAGCAAAUAAAAUUAAAGCAAUAUUGUCUUCUUUGUGGCUAUCUUUAUCUUACGUUUUUACUCAAUUUCAGGGUCCAUAAGCCAUGUGUGAAGUUACUUUGGCAAUGAAGUAGUGAAUUGAUAGCAAUAUUUAUCUGAUGCUACCAAAAGAGAAAACACUGUAUUUCAAUUAUUUGGUAGUACCUGAUAUCUUGUAUUUGUGUCACGUUUUAUUUGAAAAAGCACCCUUUGCAAAUACUCCCGCUCUUUCCAUCCCAAAGCUUCUUAUAUGGAUUUGCCUCUAAGUUUCAAGUGUUAACUGAGGCACUAACAAAUACAUACUACCAGAGUAUGCCUGGAGGAAUGGAAUAAUUUUUUUUAAUGAUAUAGAUGAAUACCUUUGUUUCUUGCACAUUCUAUGUCAUGGAUUUUAAUUUAAAAGUAGCCUUAAUUUGACCAUCUGCCAUUGCAACACAGCAUGUUUACCAAGAGAAACCAAUAUUCAAAGACAUUAUUUCCUCCAAAAUUAGUAAAAAAAAACAAAAACAAACCAGCACUGUAAGUCUUCAACAAAUGUAACAGAUUCAGACAUCUGUGGUGUUUGUAUCUGGUCACAUGUAUAAUGUUCUACAUUAUUCUCUUACAUUAAAGUCGUUCUUCCUAUG